AUGCAUGCCAAGAGUGUUCUCAUCGGCCUGCUAGGCAUUACGGUUUUUGCCGAAGCCUCAGCUAUUCACCGCCCGUUCGACCAGAUAAUGAACCGACGAGCGACCCGAGCCCUCAGUGCUAGACAGUUUGGUGGUGGCAACUUUGGUCAAGGUGGCCAGGGCGGUAACAACGGUCAGAAUAAUGGUCAGAACAACGGUCAGAACAAUGGCCAGAACGGCCAGAACCAAGGCAAUCAGAACAACAACAACAACAAUAAUGGCCAGAACAACGGAAACCAGAACAAUAACAAUGGCGGUAACAAUAACAACCAGGCUUCGUUGACGUUGAACCAAAAUGCCAUCCAGACCGGUUCGCAGUCCGAUGGUAACCCAGACGCAGCAGACGGAGAAUCAGCGUCCAAGACUGACAAUGCCAACUUCAUCAACUUCUGUAGCGGCCAGACUUUGACAAACGGUCUUCAAGUGAAGGAGGGUUCAUGUAACGGUAUCCCCAUGGGUAAAAUCCCCGCAACCACCAAGAUGGUUUCGAGUGUUCUGAUCAACCCUAAACACAACGACAACAUCCAGGCCAACAAGGACUUUGAUAUUCAGGUUCAAGUGCAGAACUUUCAGGCCGGUACAUUCACGAAUGCCGCCAACACGUACUAUUCUGCGCCUCAGGAUCUGAAUGGCCAAGGACAAAUUAUUGGCCAUACCCACGUUACAGUUCAAGACAUGGGCAACUCUUUGAACCCUACUCAGCCUCUUGACGCCACCAAGUUCGUUUUCUUCAAGGGUAUCAACGAUGCGGGUAAUGGUCAGGGACUUUUAUCGGCUACUGUUACCGGUGGUUUACCUGCUGGUAACUACCGUGUAUGCACCAUGUUCUCAUCCGCAAACCAUCAGCCUGUCCUUAUGCCUGUUGCCCAACGUGGUGCCCAAGAUGAUUGCAAUAAGUUCACUGUUGGUGGUAACGGUAACAACGGUGGCAAUAACGCCAACAAUGGCGGUAACAAUGGUGGCAACAACAACAACAACAAUGCCGCGAACGGCAACAACGGCGGAAACGCCGCCAAUGGAAACAACGGCAACAAUGGGAAUGGUGGCAAAGGCCAAGGACAAGGCUCAAGUAAUUCGAACACAAAUAACGGUGCUGGCGGUAAUGCUAACGGCAAAACCCAACAGACUAAGAACCUUGGCGGCGCAGCUCCGAGUGUAACAAACUCCGGAGAUGCUAGUAGGCCAUUUGCUGUUAACGGGAACACAUUUGUGAACGAAGCUGCUGCUAAGCAGAGGGCCUGCGAUAUACAAAACAACAAGUGCAGCGACGCAGCGAACGCUGGUGCUAGUUUCAAACUUUCGGAUUGCCAAGCGCAACUUCAAACUUGCCAAGCGGCAUAG